GUAUAUGAUAGAUGACGAGGGAGAGUGUUGUUUAAUGGGAUACGAGAACGGGAAAGUUUUUUGUUUCGUGCGUAAUUUUGAUAGAUUUUCAGUGAAAUUUACAUUUGACAUGACUUUCUAGUGUUCAUAAUGGCCUCAACAUCAAAUUGUGACCCGAAAGUGUUGAUGGCAAAGGGAAAACGGGCCACAGCUACAUACAUUCAUGCCGAUUGUUCGAACGAAAGAAACCCUCAACACUUGAACGAAGUUUUGGAUAAUUUACUAAAUCCUCAAAAAUCUAUAGAAGAAUGGGAAACUAUAGAUUGGUGCAAAUGGCUUAUGGCAGGAGGCAGAACUCCAGAUGAAUUCGCUAGCACAGUUCGGGCAUAUGACAAUGCGACAACGUGCGGCUUGGUAUGGACGCCGAAUUUCGUAGCCUACAGAUGCCGUACUUGCGGCAUAUCACCGUGUAUGUCGCUGUGUACGGAAUGUUUUAAAAAAGGAAAUCACGCCAGACACGAUUUCAACAUGUUUUUAAGUCAAGCUGGAGGAGCUUGCGAUUGUGGAGAUUCGUCAGUAAUGAAAGAAGCCGGUUUUUGCGAACGUCACGGACCGAAUAAAAGAUCGACUAAAGGAAACGCGCCUACCGAACUGAUGUGUGUCGCCGAAGCAAUGAUGCCUAGAAUAAUUUUGCGCCUUAUUCAACACCUGAGAGAAAAUAGUCGAAUGGGUACCGCCGAUGCUUACAAAGGGGCAAUUCAAGACGCCGACGCUUUCAUAACUAUGCUGUUAGAUUUCAAUAACAUGGGCGGUUUGAUGAGAAGAGUAAUUACUUCCGCAUUAACCAAUCCGCAGAAAUAUCGAGUCCUAAACGAAGUUCCCGAAAACCCCACUACAGAAUACGAACAAUAUCAAGCGGAAUCUCGACGACGUUACGAAGAGGCUCUUCAUUCCCUACCGAAUCCAGAACCAAUCGAAGAUUACAAGGACGUACCGUCUCUACAACAGAAUCUCGUCCAUAAGACCUUUCUGGAAGAAUUAGUUUUUUGGACGGUGAAAUUUGAAUUCCCCCAGAAGAUUGUUUGUCUUUUGUUGAAUAUGUUGCCCGAUUCUGAUUACAAGGAAGCUCUGACGCGCGCCGUCGUGCUGCACUACAGUCGUAUUUCCAUGAUGUUGGAAAGAUCCGCAGAUCCGGAUACUUUAAGUAACCGAGUAGUGCACGUUAGCGUUCAACUGUUCUCAAAUCAAAAUUUAGCUUUAAAAAUGACCGAACAACUCAAUCUGUUGCAUGUCAUGGUGGUUAGUCUCAAAUAUAUGAUGAGCAAAAUAUUGAUCAAAAAUACGUUGCACGAUCAAAAAGAAAAUUUUCAUUACGUCGUCGAUUGCGCUAAACCCGUUAUGAAAGAUCACUGUUAUUGGCCACUUGUGUCUGAUUUAAAAAAUGUUUUAUCCCAUAGACCGGUAGCGUUGAAAUUCAUGUCAGACGACGGUUUAUUAGAGAUGUGGUUCGCUUUUCUCGCCAUGUUUCAAGGUAUGAACGUCAAUCAACGAGAACUCAAUCAGCACAUCGAAUUUGAACCAAAUACUUAUUAUGCAGCGUUUAGUGCUGAACUCGAAGCCAGCGCUUAUCCGAUGUGGGCUCUUAUAUCGCACCUAACCGACGCUUCUUCAGCUCAUUUAACCAAAAGAGUAUUAAACGCCUGUCUUAACGAACUCAAAGAUUGGUUUCAGGCUAUAGCUUACUUGAACACAAUGGUGACCGAUAGUCUUCAAGUGUCUUUUCAUCUACCCCUCCAUCGAUACCUGGCAGUUUUUCUGAGCCAAGCGGUUGCCGUACAAGGUGUAACGGUUAACGAAGUCUUAGGUUCCAGCGAUUUCUUUCUAGAUCUUUUAAUGAUGCAUCCGUUACGGGUACAGGUAGCUUUUUAUGAAAUUUUGAACGGUCUGUGGUUGAGGAACGGUCUUCAAAUUAAAGGGCAAGCGAUGACGUACAUUCAAUGUAAUUUUUGUAAUUCCAUGGUGGACGCGGAUCUCUAUCUACUCCAGAUAUGUUGUACCAGAUUACCAGCAGAGAAAUUUUUAAAUAUUGUCAUUGAAAAGUUUCAUAUUAAAAAGUGGAUGAGCUUGGCGCCUUUUCAAGGGAAUCGUAGCACUUAUUUAGAAGGGGAACACGAUACUCCGAUGUUAGAAAGUUUUCUAACUUUUUUGGCGACCCUCGUAAGCGUUAGAACGAAUUUAGGUUUAUUGGAAACAUCCCUUAACCGAUUAGAAAUGGUGACUUUGCUGUGCAUGGGCGACAAAACUCAUUCGCAAUUGAUGGAACUGAUGCCGGAACGUUGCGGUAUGUCCGAAUCGAGGGAUUUCGAAUCGCUUUUGGCUGAAGUAGCUUUUUAUCGAGCGCCGGCGUUGGAAGCUAGCGGUAACAUGCAACAGGGAAUGUACGUACCGAAACCGGAAAUUUGGGAAAAACAAUACGAUCCGAUUCACGUGCUGUUGCGCGCCGUCCAUCGACGCGAUUUCCAAACCUCCAUGGACAGAUAUACGGAAUACGCUAGGCACGCCAAUAAAUUGAAAGCUGGUUGUAGUCUUUGGCCGCCGUUUAGGACGCCAACCGAAGUAUCGGAUGCCUACGAAGAUCCUCGACAGAUUUUGAAAUCUAGAGUUUUUCAUGCCGCCGCUUUGAUUAUUCUAUUUAAAGCUGUCAAGGGGUUGGUAUCGGAACACGUUAUGGCUUUGGUGGUGUUCCUGUUAGAACAAGCCGUUCUGAUUGCGGCGAGGGAUGAAAACAAAGAGGAUUCGAAAAUGUGUUCGACAUCUCCUUCCAUGACCCAACCAAACGAUUCGGAUCUUUCCACUUGGUACGCCGCCGAUUCUGUAUUUGACAAUUUAAAAACGAACGUAGGACAAAUAGUCAUACAUCCCGAACCGGAUUUCUCCCCUAUAACCUACAGUUCGGACAGUGAUAUCGAAUGGGAUAGUGCGGAAAUAGACGCCGAUAUGACGGAUAUCGAUCCGUUAUUAAUGCUUGAUCAAGCGUCGUCGAAUACAUGGGACAAUGAAUCGCAACAACAGCAACAGUCUGAAAGCCGCGAGGUAAUGGUAUUUCGACCUCAGGCCGACGAAACUGCAUCCCCUAUUGUCGAAACACCUCCUGCAACUUCUAGAGGUCACAUUUUCGCACUACCUUCUGCGACUUCCGUACCUAUGGAAGUAGAUAGAAUAAUGAAUUUGGCAUCUGUCGCUUCUAUUACGGAAAUUAGUACUCACAGUCCUAGUGAAACGCCCGCCUUACCGCCUCCGGUAACGAGACCAGCUUUAAUGGCGGGUAGCGAAGUCGGUAGGACAGUUAGGAAACCGACGAAAACCACAAGCUGUUCCAGUACCAGUAGAGAAUUAGUACCUACGACUUCUCAAGGACACAGAAAGUCGCGAUCCAAUACGCCGCUACGGGGUGCAAAUAAUUACCCUCCCGUGGUUAAAGUGAACGAAAGUAUAAUUUCUUUGUUGUUGAGAUUACAUUCUCAACUUUCGGGCGUACCUGACAGUUAUAAUGCGGAAGAGGAAGAUCGUUCUUCGACUUCGAUAGAAACGGAGGAAACUUCUGUGGGGGACGGUGUUUUUUAUAUCGGCAGAUUAUUACAAAAGAUUUCUUCGUUGGACGAAAAUUGUAGGACUUAUAUACAGGACGCUCGUAUCAAGUUGUGGCCGUCUAAAGAAGAACGCGAAGAGGCGAAAAAACAACGAGAAAAUCGCGAACGAGAAGAACGACGCCGUCGCGCCAAAGAACGUCAACAAAAACUAAUGCAGGAAUUCGCCAAUAAACAAAAACAGUUUAUGGAGAAAGCCAUGGAGUGCGACGACGGUAUCGACGACGACGACGAAGAUAACGAAGAAGAAAAAGUCGUCAAACAACAAGAAUACGAUUGCGUUAUUUGUAAUCAGAGUUCGCCGAGUACAGACGAACAUCCGAUGGGAUUGGUGGUUUUAAUUCAGGCGACUAGUAUAAUCGGUCAUAUGCGACGACACGAUCAACCGGAACGUACUGUAUUGCCGACUUGCGAAGAAGAACAGGAAUUAUUGAAAAAAGAUGAUACGCUCGCAGCCGAAUGCGAUCGAAGGAUCGACGAACUCGAUAGGCAUUUCGAUCCUGAAUCCUGGUUCUUAUCUCUGAAUCAAGGAUGGGAUGGUGGGGUACACGUCCAAACGUGCGGACAUCACCUCCAUUUAGAUUGUUUAGAAUCUUAUUUAUCGUCAUUGAGGACGCAACAAAGGCAAUUGACUUUAUCUCCCGAAAAGGGUGAAUAUUUGUGUCCUUUGUGCAGACAGUUAGCAAAUUCGUUUUUACCUCUAUCCUCACAAUUAGGGGAUAAAACGCAAAUGGUGAGAUCUAGACCUUCGGGAAAUAUGUCGCAUAUAUUAGAAGAACUCAGUAAUUUUUUGAGAGAAAACGAUAGGAAACCUAAUACUAUGAAAAUGUUGGAAGCAAUAGGUAAAGCAAUGGAGGAUAUGUCUAAUAGUACUCAGUUGAAAGCGAGAUUCAAAUUAAAAAAUGAAAAACCGAUCAUUUUACAAAGUUUACUCCUUUUCGUUACAUCGAUAGCUAGAACGAAUCUGGAAGUGGAAUUGAUCCAAAGAGGCGGAUCCUUGGUGCAGUUUCCUAAUAGUUCGGCUCUUUUACCGAAAAGAGAUUGCAUAGUUCCUCUUCUUCACGUGUUGGCCGUUCACGCUAGAGUGGCGCGCGUCCUCGCUAUGUGGCCGGCCUGGAUGAGUUUCCAACAAUUAUGCGGCAUGUCCUCUAAAGUAUCCGUCACCACUAUAGCGCCCAUCGAAAGGGAAGUACCCCUCUUAUUAAGGGAUCCUAUCGCUUUAUUGCUGCAGUAUGUGUUGUUGUUACCCAUGCCGUUAGAUCAAACUUAUUUUACAACCACCGUGCAAAUGGUAUAUAAUCUUUUGUAUUAUCAAGUGGUGGCGCAACUGUCUUGCGGUUUAACGGGAGCGGAAAGAGCCAAAGCCGCCGUCGGGGCGAACAAAGAACACGUUAAUAAUUUAACGGAUGCUCUCGGACUUAUCAACGAAUGUUUAGGACAAACGGAUCUUUAUAUGGACGAUAAUGACGAUAGCGAAAGUUAUAGUGACAAAUCCGUUAAAGUUAAUAUGAUCGGACUGGAAUUACAGGUACAAAAAUUGUGCCUGCCCUUCCUUCGUAUAGCGGCUUUGUUGAAACACCACCUCUAUCAACAACCCUUACCGGAUAUAUACGAACAAAACAACGAAUUCGUUCGGCUCGUUUAUUAUUUAGAAUUAGUAACGGAAUCGAUGGAUUGGGGUUGGUUUAACGCUUCGGUAGCAUUGACUUGGACGAUGGAUUUAGGUCUGGAAAUGAAGACGCCGCGAAAUUGGUGCGAACAGUUGGGUAUAUUUAUAGGAAAGAGUCAAUUGGCUGCCAAAGGAUUCCUCGCCGAACAACACAUAAUGUGGUAUCCGCCGAGGUUGUUGCAAUUACCUAGGGAAUACGAAAGGAUAUUCACCUAUUAUCACGAGAGACCUUGUAGACAAUGCCAAUCGGUAGCUCAAGAGACUAGUAUAUGUCUUUUAUGCGGUACUAUUGUUUGUUUGAAGCAGAAUUGUUGUAAACAACAGAACGUUUGCGAGGCGGUGGCGCACGCGGCAGAAUGCGGAGCCGGUACAGGCAUCUUUCUAGUCGUUACUUCAACUUAUAUUAUAGUCAUUAGAGGACACAGGGCCUGCCUGUGGGGAUCCUUAUAUUUGGACGAUUUCGAAGAAGAAGACAGAGAUUUAAAACGCGGUAAACCUUUGUACCUUAGUACGGCCCGAUACAAACUGUUGGAACAGCAAUGGCUGGCCCAUCGAUUCGAUCACACCGAAAAAACUUGGGUGCCUCAUCGAAACGCUCUAUAGAAAACCGAAAAACCACCCCUCGCAUUAUAUUUUACGAUUACGAGUUUCUAAUAGAUUUUUUAAGAGAAUCGGAACAACAUGCAUCUUCUUACUACAUACAAGUUAGAAAUUUUUCGUCGUCGUUUUAUUUUUUUGAAAAUAACAAAUGUUAACGACUUAUAUAUAUAUAUAUAUAUAUAUAUAUAUAUAUAUAUAUAUAUAUAUAUAUAUAUAUAUAUAUAUAUAUAAGAAGAUCCGUGGGGAAAUAUAUUCCAUCAAAAAUCCAUAACAAACUACUGAAAAACUGAAAAUAUACUAAACGUAGUAUAGUUUAGUGUAAGAAGAUGUCGUUCUGUUAGUGUAUAUUCUUUUGAAGAGCUGUGUUAAAUGGAAGAUCCGCUGUAGCGAGACGAUAUUUAGUAAACUAUUUAUUAGAGCUUUUUUUUUAAAUUUUGUGUUCAUAUCUGUAUAUUUUUUUUAUGUGUUCGUUGUAUUACCCAUCGUGCUUGUAUAUGUAUAAUUGUAGUAGGAAAUACUAUUUUUUUAAAGGGAUGUUAAUUUUUUCGAUUGGUCAUUUUUACCCGGUAAUAAGAUGGAAAAAAUAAAAAUACUGUGAUUAUUUCAUUUAUACUAUCCCAGUUAACAAAAAAAUAAAUAAACCUUCAUAUUAGUAAUACUAAUUAUUGUAACUAUUAUUGCAGUAAUAAGAGUAUACAUUUUUAAGGAAAAAAACGCCUUGUAUAUAAUUUAUGAUUACGCGAAUCGUAUUUUGUAUAUCAUUUAAAAGAAAAAAAAACAAAUAUCUUCUGUAAUUGUUUGGUAUCAUUGCAAUAUUUUAUUGUUUACAUGUAUAUAUUUACAAUAGAAUUACUACUUCAC